AUCAUGCUUUCAUUACCAUUGCAGCAAUACUGGAGACAGGAAGUAGAUAAACAUGGAGGAAAGGUUGCCAACCAUGUGAUUGGUGUGACAUGCCUAAUUGUGUCUCCUGCGGAACGAGAACGAGGUGGCACAAAUAAACUGGCUGAAGCAAUGGAGAGAGGGAUACCUGUAGUAAGUGAACAGUGGCUGAUUGAUAGCAUAGAAAAACAAGAACCCCAGCCUCUCGAAGCAUAUGAAAUUGCUAGUGAUCUUGCUCCUGAUGGCAGAGGAAUCCCAUGGGACAAAAUGGAUCCCAGUGAAGAGGCAAUUGAGUCACUUUCAGCAGAACUCAAGCUUUAUGGGAAGAGAGCUGUCUACAAAGAUACAAAACUGCAGGAGCAAGGCGGAAAAAUCUUCGAGAGGGAUGGGAUAUUGUACAACUGUGCCUUCUCACGUUGUGAUCUAGGACGAAAACUGAACGAUUAUUCCAUCUUGCAACUGAUUAUGGUGCCAGAGAACAGCCUGAACUUGUACUACAAGAAAGGCAGAGUUGGGGAUGACCCCAAUGCGGAGGAAAGGCUUGAAGAAUGGAAGAAUGUGGAUGAUGCUGUGGAAGAGUUUGUUAGAAUAUUUGAGGAAGUAACCGGAAACGAGUUUGAACCAUGGGAAAGAGAGAAGAAGAUCCAGAAGAAGCCAUUUAAGUUUUACCCAAUAGACAUGGACGAUGGAGUUGAAGUAAGACAUGGAGGACUUGGUCUUCGACAGCUGGGAGUUGCUGCUACACAUUGCAAACUUCAGCCCGAGGUUGCGAAUUUUAUGAAGGUCUUAUGCAGUCAGGAGAUUUACAAAUAUGCUCUGAUGGAGAUGGGAUUGGAUGCCCCAGACUUGCCAAUGGGGAUGCUUACCGAUGUCCACCUAAAAAAAUGUGAGGAUGUUCUUCAAGAGUUUGUGGAGAAACUGAAGUCAAUGAAGGAAUCAGGGCCAGAGUCUGAGGCUGUUUGGUCGGACUUUAGCCAAAGAUGGUUUACCCUGCUGCACUCUACUAGGCCUUUCAUAUUCAGGAACUUCCAGGAAGUUGCAGAUCAUGCUGCUGCUGCACUGGAGACUGUUCGGGACAUAACUCUGUCCUCACAUCUUAUUGGAGACAUGAGUGGAGCUACCAUUGAUGAUCCCUUGUCCGAUAGAUGUAGCAAAUUGGGAUGCUCAAUCUCCCCACUUGAUAAGGAAUCUGAUGAUUACAAAAUGAUUCUGAAGUACCUGGACAAGACUUAUGAACCUGUCAAAGUUGGAGAUAUUGAAUACGGGGUGUCUGUGGAGAACAUAUUCGUUGUUGAAUCAAAUGCCUGUCCAUCUUUGGAUGAAAUAAAGAAGUUGCCUAACAAAUUUCUCCUAUGGUGUGGGACACGGAGCUCAAAUCUGAUGAGGCACUUGAAUAAGGGUUUCUUGCCAGCAAUAUGCUCUCUCCCUGUCCCAGGCUAUAUGUUUGGGAAAGCAAUUGUUUGCUCUGAUACUGCCGCAGAGGCUGCAAGUUAUGGUUAUACUGCUGUGGACAGACCAGAGGGUUUCUUAGUUUUGGCUGUGGCUUCUCUAGGUGAUGAGAUUAUUGAGUUGAAAAACCCACCAGAGGACACAAAAUAUUUAGAGGACAAGAAAGUUGGAGUGAAGGGCAUAGGGAAAAAGAAGACUGAUGAAUCGGAGCACUUUGUAUGGCAUGAUGAUAUCAAAGUUCCUUGUGGACGAUUAGUGCCUUCAGAUAAUAAAGACAGCAUUGUCGAGUAUAACGAGUAUGCUGUCUAUGAUCCCAAGCAGACAUGCAUAAGGUUCUUGGUGGGUGUGAAGUAUGAAGAGAAGGAUGCUGUCAUGGACACCGAGGAGUGACCUUGAAGAUGCUAGGAGGGAUCCAAGAAACAAAGAAGCACACUCUUUUGCUACCCUUUUUGGAAAUGAGAAGGAUGUGCUGAAGAUGGCAAUAGGGGUCCUGACAACUUUUUGCUAUGUUUCUUGGAAGGACUAAGAUUGCUCGAGGGCCUCUUCGAACUCUUUUUUGUAGGAAGGUUGAUCUUUUGUUGUAUAUAGUCCCCUCUUUUGUUGUAUAUUAGUAUGACCACUAUCAUGUUGGGCAGUAUGUGUGCUGACACGAGGCCUGUGAAGCCUCCAACAUAGAAAAAUGGA